CUGGCCACGAUGGACAUCUUCGCGGGCUGCGGCGGGCUCAGCGAGGGGCUGCACCGGGCAGGCGCAGCGCGCACCAAGUGGGCCAUCGAGUACGAGCAGCCGGCGGCCGAGGCCUUCAAGGUCAACAACCCGGACGCGGUCACCUGGUGCUGCAACUGCAACGUGCUGCUCACCGCCGCCAUGACCAAGGCCGGCGCCGCCGACUUCUGCGACGCCUCCGAGGAGGCCAAGGAGCAGGCUGCCAAGCUGGACGCGGAGACGGUGGCGACCCUGCCGGCCCCGGGCGAGGUGGACUUCCUGUGCGGCGGCCCCCCCUGCCAGGGCUACUCGGGCAUGAACCGCUUCAACAAGGGCACCUGGUCGCUGGUGCAGAACUCCAUGGUGAUGGCCUACCUGAGCUACGCCGACUUCUACCGGCCGCGCUACUUCCUGCUGGAGAACGUGCGCAACUUUGUCAGCCACAACAAGUCCCACGCCUUCCGCCUCACGCUCCGCUCCCUGCUCGACAUGGGCUACCAGGCACGCCUCUUAAUCAGCAUCCCUCUUGCACUGGGCAUUUGGGAGUGUGAGCAGGUGCGCUUUGGGGUGCUGAACGCGGGCAACUUUGGAGUGAGCCAGUCGCGCAAGCGCACGUUCAUCUGGGGCGUCGCGCCCGACAACGAGCUGCCGCAGUGGCCGGCGCCGCUGCACGUCUUCCACUCCCCGCAGCUCACCAUCAAGCUGCCCGGUGGCGUGGAGUACACGGCGGUGCCGAAGGGCUCGGGCGCGCCGCUGCGCACAGUGACGGUGAAGGACGCCAUCGGAGACCUGCCCCCUCUCACCAACGGCGCCAAUUUGGAGGACAUGCAGUACGCAGGCCCGCCGAUCAGUGCGUUCCAGAAGGCGAUCCGCGGCGGCUGCACAGUGCUGCACGACCACAUCUGCAAGGAGAUGAACGAGCUCAACCUGGAGCGCUGCCGCUGCAUCCCCAAGAACACCCCCGGCGCCGACUGGCGCGUGCUGCAGGAAAUCGUGGCCGCCAACCCCGACCGCACCCUGUUCAAGCCGCUGGUGCCCUGGUGCCUGCCCAACACGGCGGACCGGCACAACGGCUGGCGCGGUCUGUUUGGGCGCCUGGACUAUGGGGGCCACUUCCCCACCUCCGUCACUGACCCCCAGCCCAUGGGCAAGGUGGGCCAGGUGUUUCACCCAGAUCAGGACCGCAUCGUCAGCGUGCGCGAGUGCGCGCGAGCCCAGGGCUUCCCGGACAGCUUCCGCUUCUACGGCAAUGUGCACAACAAGCACCGUCAGAUCGGCAACGCCGUGCCGGUGCCGCUGGCGUACGCGUUGGGCCGCCAGCUGCGCUCGGCCCUGGAGGAGAGUGCGCGCAAGCAGGCGGAGGCUCUCAUGGCCGCUCAGCUGGGCUAG